CAACAGCUUCAUUGUUAAAGAAUCAAAACGUGUUUUUCUAAAAAUUUCUAUGCUCUUUAAUAAAAGUUAACUUGUCUAGUAAAUACUUUCAAGGAGGUUUCUUGGUAAUUUGGUAAAGAAUUCCAAGAAAUUCUAAAGAAUUUUGCCUUCCCUAUCCCCAUUAUUUAAAAAAACAAACUUAAUUUUCUUUCUCUUUCUGAGAAAGUUAUAGGUUAACAAAUUUUCUCCAAAUAUGGGACUCUAGGCCAUGCAGACCUUGUUUGUAAUUGGAGCCCCACCACUCACCAGUAACAGUGCACAGGCUAAUUAUUUUCAUCUAUGAAAUUGGAAUAAUAACAACUACAUCGUAGGAUCACUAUGAGGAUUGAGAUAAUAUUCAUGAAGCUCCCAGCCUUCUACAUCUUGUAAGACAGGUGCUCACAUUGUCACUUCCUUUCUUGUUCCCUGCUGGUCUCCCUUUUCUGGUCCCCCCAUUCCAACAACCUAAUCUCUAAAUAAUGCAUACGUAAUUGUAGGAACAUUAGCUUGAAAGCCCAGAUGCAUUUGUUACUGAAUUAACUCAGCAGUAAACUUGGCAUUCUGUUCCCAACGUUUCCCCGUCAUUAAUCCAGACGGGCAACCCCCUCAAACACAGGAGUACAUGAGGACACCAGGCGAACCGUGAAACCAGCCACGCACGUGAGCAUUUUCUAUCAGGGUUUCAGCUGGUCUGGUUCUGCCUCAAAGACCACACAGAGCUCAUGUUGCUCAUAAUUAACUGACUCUGGCCAUGUGGUGGCUGCCAUCAAGAUCAGCCAUAAGGAGGACAGUAGUUCAAUAAAAUCCUGAACUCUAUUUAUAGCCUACUUGAAACAAACACUUUGCUGUGAAGCCCAAGGAGUCCUUGAGAACACAGAAAGUAAUUCACUUGUCCCAGGACUAACUCGGGCAAUCAAAGGGAGGAAAAUGCAGUGAGUACAUUUUUCUUAGCACUCUAUAAUUCACAAAGUAUUUUCUCCUACACGUUGUCCCAUUUCAGCCUCACACCAAACCAGGAGGUAGAUAAGCUGACACUAGUAGUAACAAAUCCCCAUUUUAUAGAUUACAAAACUGAUGCCUAGGAGGUUAGAUAAAUUGCUCAAAUUACACAGCUGGUGAACCGUGGUGGCUGGAGGAGGGGAGAGGAAAGUAACUCAAGAGCAAGAAUAAUUUCCUGAUAAAGCUGUUGAUCUAAACUUCAGUAAAUCAUUGUUUACUUAUAAGAAACAUUACAUGACUAAGAGAAAUGUUUUGUAAUGUACUUGCAAGCUUAAACGUUGUUCCCUCCCCAUUUCUGUUGGGAAAACCAAAAUAUGAGAAAUAAAAACCUAGAAAGACUCUACCAGGAAAUAUUGAUAAACAUGUUUGGAUCUGUCUAUAGCACAUACUUGCAGACGAUUAUAUUUUAGUCAAGAAGCGCCUUCUUGAAACCCUUCCAAAUUAAAAUGUGCCUAAGCCAAGAUUAAUCUGGAAAAAGAUAGUAGGAGUUUUUAUGAGAAAUUUUAAUUGAUUCUGCCAGUCAUCUCUGAAAUAAAUACAUCUUUACUAUCUUUUUAGUAUGGGGGGGUUUGCAUAAUUCCAGUAUGGACAUAAAAAGCAAGACUUCAUUCAUAUAAUUAGUUUAUGAACCAGAAAUGAUUUUACUCUUAAAAGAAUUAUUUUAUUUUGAUUUUGGCAAAUACUUGAAUUUUUUAAGACCUUCCUUUAAGCCUCGUUACCUGGAAAGGGUAUGCAAAAACUUUUUGGCUUGAGAAGGAUGUCUGGGCAAUUAGAACAGCUACACUGAAGUCUGUGUGUGUGAGCGUGAGAGAGAGAAAGAGAGAGAAAAUUAUUGCUUAAAGAGUGACCCUGGAUUAGCAAAUUGGCUCGGUGCCAUUUGGAGAUUCUCAGAUUUACUGCUUCUCUAACUGUUCUCGAAGCUCUGAUUUAUGGAGAUCAGAAUCUCUUGAAAGGCAAGGUGUCUGGAGUUUAGGGUCUUUCCUUGCCGGUCCCUCCUCUCCCACACACUCUUUUUGCCUGUGUUCACCUUGUGGCGACCUUGCGGGACUCAGCAUUUUUACCUGAGCUCAUUAGCUGGGGAGCCCACUAGCACGGCAGAGAGGGCAGUGGUUUCCAUUCCUGGGUGAUGGAGUCAUGGGAGAAACUGCAGCGAACCAACAGAGAGACUAGGACCCGAGCUGGCUCGAGGGCUUUAAGCGGCUCAGGGCAGAGCAGCUGCUCUGUCUCCCAGCCUGCAAGUGCAGCCUGCGUUUGUCACUGACCACUGAAGUGUGUGUUUGUGCAAGGAGGCGAUCGAGAUCGGAUGACAGCAAAUCAUGAGAGCUACCUCCUCAUGGCGAGCACCCAGAAUGAUAUGGAAGACUGGGUGAAGUCCAUCCGCCGAGUCAUAUGGGGACCUUUUGGAGGAGGCAUCUUUGGACAGAAACUGGAAGAUACUGUCCGUUAUGAGAAGAGAUAUGGGAACCGUCUGGCUCCAAUGCUGGUGGAGCAGUGUGUAGACUUUAUCCGACAAAGGGGGCUGAAAGAAGAGGGUCUCUUUCGACUGCCAGGCCAGGCUAAUCUUGUUAAAGAGCUCCAGGAUGCCUUUGACUGUGGAGAGAAGCCAUCAUUUGACAGCAACACAGAUGUACACACAGUGGCAUCACUUCUUAAGCUGUAUCUCCGAGAACUUCCAGAACCAGUUAUUCCUUAUGCAAAGUAUGAAGAUUUUUUGUCAUGUGCCAAACUGCUCAGCAAAGAGGAGGAAGCAGGAGUUAAGGAAUUAGCGAAGCAGGUGAAGAGUUUGCCAGCGGUCAAUUACAACCUCCUCAAGUAUAUUUGCAGGUUCUUGGAUGAAGUACAAUCCUAUUCGGGAGUUAACAAAAUGAGUGUGCAGAACCUGGCCACUGUCUUUGGCCCUAAUAUUCUGCGCCCCAAAGUGGAAGAUCCUUUGACCAUCAUGGAGGGCACAGUGGUGGUCCAGCAGUUGAUGUCAAUGAUGAUUAGCAAACAUGAUCGCCUCUUCCCCAAAGAUGCAGAACUGCAAACCAAGCCCCAAGACGGAGUGAGCAACAACAACAAUGAAAUUCAGAAGAAAGCCACCAUGGGUCAGCUACAAAACAAGGAGAACAAUAAUACCAAGGACAGUCCUGGUAGGCGGUGCUCUUGGGACAAGUCCGAGUCUCCCCAGAGAAGCAGCAUGGAUAAUGGAUCCCCUACAGCUCUACCAGGCAGCAAAACCAACAGCCCAAGAAACAGUGUUCACAAACUGGAUGUCUCUAGGAGCCCUCCUCUCAUGGUCAAGAAGAAUCCCGCCUUCAAUAAGGGCAGUGGAAUAGUCACCAAUGGGUCCUUCAGCAGCAGCAAUGCAGAGGGUCUUGAGAAAACCCAAACCACUCCCAAUGGGAGCUUACAGGCCAGAAGGACCUCUUCACUGAAGAGUUCUGGUACCAAAAUGGGCACCCACAGCGUGCAGAAUGGAACGGUGCGAAUGGGCAUUUUGAGCACCGACACACUUGGGAACCCCAUGAACGGUCGCAGCAUGAGCUGGCUGCCCAAUGGCUAUGUGACCCUGAGGGACAACAAGCAGAAAGAGCAAGCAGGAGAGUCAGGCCAGCACAACAGGCUCUCCACCUAUGAUAAUGUCCAUCAACAGUUCUCCAUGAUGAACUUUGAUGACAAACAGAGUGUCGACAGCGCCACCUGGUCCACUUCCUCCUGUGAAAUCUCUCUCCCUGAGAACUCCAACUCCUGUCGCUCCUCCACCACCACCUGCCCAGAACAAGACUUUUAUGGUGGGAAUUUUGAGGACCCUGUUUUGGAUGGGCCCCCACAAGAUGACCUUUCCCACCCUGGGGACUAUGAAAACAAAAGUGACCGGAGAAGUGUGGGCGGUCGAAGUAGUCGUGCCACCAGCAGCAGCGACAACAGUGAGACAUUUGUGGGCAACAACAGCAGCAACCACAGUGCACUGCACAGUUUAGUUUCCAGCCUGAAACAGGAAAUGACCAAACAGAAGAUAGAGUAUGAGUCCAGGAUAAAGAGCUUAGAACAGCGAAACUUGACCUUGGAAACAGAAAUGAUGAGCCUCCACGAUGAACUGGAUCAAGAAAGGAAAAAGUUCACAAUGAUAGAAAUCAAAAUGCGAAAUGCCGAGCGAGCAAAAGAAGAUGCCGAGAAAAGAAAUGACAUGCUCCAGAAAGAAAUGGAGCAGUUUUUUUCCACGUUUGGAGAGCUGACAGUGGAACCCAGGAGAAGCGAGAGAGGAAACACGAUAUGGAUCCAGUGAGCCCGCUUUCUCCCGCUGUCUCCAAUGGAUCUGGGAAGGACUGGGGGGGUUCCAGUGGGAAUAUUCUGUGGGAUCAGGUGGCUGGUCACCUGGCUGUACAGUGCUCUAACUGGUGAAGGAAUCUCAUUUACAGACAUUAACCAUCUAUAUCCGCAAUGUGUACCAAAGUUAUAUCAUGCCCCAUAAUGCUACUGUCAAGUGUUACAACUGGAUAUGUGUAUAUAGAGUAGUUUUUAAAAAGUAAACUAAAAAUGAGAAGCAUAUCUCAAGAAUUAUUUUAUUGCAAGUCUUGUAUUUAAAAUGUUAAAUCAAUAUGUUGUUGCAAUUUAGCUUGCUUUCAAGCUUCACCCCUUGCACUUAACAUAAGCUAUUUUUGGCAUUGUGUUAUCAUCAGCUUAUUUUAUAGAUCAAUAUUUUUAUUUCCCUUUUUGCUGAGGAAAUGAAGAUAAGCAGAUAUAUGAAUAUAAAUAUAUAUAUAAGAUGAGUUAUUAAAAUCAAAAGAAUACUUUGUGGCCGUGCUGUUUGUGCCAAUAGACCUUGCCAUGACCAAAAAGAGAAAUGUAAAUAAUUUUAUAAAAUACAUUGAAUCACCAGGAACCUUUGAACUGCUCUUUAAAUUCUUCCCUUGACACUGCUCGUUUUCUUUGUGAGGUGACUGGACAUAGGAAGUCUUGGACUGUGUGAAAAAAAAGUCCCCUUCUCAAGCCCCCUUGGCUGCCUUGCCUGUUCCACAGAUGUGUGUCUGCUAUGCAAGAAGCAUGUUAGAGGGGAGAAAAUGAUAAAGAAAAGCAUUUAACCAGUCAUGCCUUGAAUUACUCUGACCUUCUGGCCCGUCUCUGUAACUGCUGGCUGGUUAUGGGAGAAAGUCUCCCUGCCAUUUGCAAGUUGGGAAACAAUGCUUGCUAACCCAUGCCCACACGAGCACCUGUCAUUCCCUCAAACCUCUGUCCCCCCUCCCCCGACAAUUGCACUCUGGAACGCCAGCCAUGAAACAGCAUUACUGUGUCCCUCUCAGUUAAACUGCUAGAGUGUGUGCCAUAGAGUGACAGUUUUCUCUCACUCAGGCUGCCUGUUCCCUUGUCCUCUGGGAUGCUGUCUGCACGACAGCAGGCGAGGGCAGUUUGCAACAAGAGCGAGGGGAUGGACGGGCAGGGGACCAGAAGAAGGAGACAAGUUUGGAAGAAACACACUCAACUAUCUUGCUUCUAAUUUCUACAGUAUUUUUCUUCCCUGUUGAAAACAUUCGUUCACAAUAAAUUCUAAAACGUGAAUGCUUAAAGGUUCGAUUUUGACAAAUUUGUGAACACCAGUCAUGCAAACUUGCUAGAGGUGCCCAGGGCUCUCUGGAGCUACAGUCUGGGGAGAACAGUUCUUCACACUUCAGUAAGGCAAUGAUUUUGACAAGCCAGAAAAUAAAUCUUUCUCACACUAGAACAAAAAGUCACAAAAGGCAUAAUUGGAAAUAAAGACUACUUGAGUUUACAGGC